AUGGCGACUGAAUUGUGCCCCGUUUACGCGCCCUUUUUCGGCGCGAUUGGCUGUGCCUCGGCCAUCGUAUUUUCGUCGUUCGGCGCCGCCUACGGAACUGCCAAGUCCGGUGUCGGUGUGUGUGCCACCAGUGUGUUGAGACCAGACUUGCUGGUCAAGAACAUCGUCCCCGUGGUCAUGGCCGGUAUCAUUGCCAUUUACGGUCUGGUGGUGUCCGUGCUGGUGUGCUACUCGCUGACCCAGAAACAGGCCCUGUACACCGGGUUUAUCCAGCUCGGUGCAGGUUUGUCCGUUGGUCUCAGUGGUCUUGCCGCCGGUUUCGCCAUCGGUAUCGUCGGUGACGCCGGUAUCAGAGGUAAUGCCCAGCAACCUCGUUUGUUCGUCGGUAUGAUUUUGAUUUUGAUUUUCGCAGAAGUUUUGGGUCUUUACGGUCUGAUCGUCGCCUUGCUCUUGAACUCUAGAGCUACCCAGGACGUUGUGUGUUAA